GUUUCUGUAAUGGUGACUGAUUAGACUAAAAGACUAGUACUGCUGUUUACCAAGUACCAUCCCCCACCCUCAAAAAAAAAAAAAAAAGGAAAAUUAAUAAAUAGUCCUUUUCAUUUACUGCUACUUCAACAAUUUUUAUGCAGUAACUGUCUAUUAUAGCCACAGCCCACCAUUUUUUUUUUCUUUAAAGACUUACAGCGACUUUGCUGUUCGUACCUAAAGAGAAGAGAAGAGAAGAGAAGAGAUCUCAUCAAAAGAUGAAGAAGGGAAGCUUAAACCCUAAUGUUAAGCUCAAGCUUUCUCUUCCUCCUCCCGAUGAAGUUUCCUUCGCCAAGUUCUUAACCCAAAGCGGCACGUUCAAGGAUGGUGAUCUGCUUGUCAAUCGAGACGGAGUUCGAGUUGUCUCUCAAACGGAAAGCGAACCUCCACCUCCAAUAACGCCUUCAGACAACCAAUUGAGUUUAGCGGACAUGGACAUGGUUAAGGUCAUCGGGAAGGGAAGUAGUGGAAUCGUCCAGUUGGUGCAACACAAAUGGACAAGCCAGUUUUUUGCCUUGAAGGUUAUACAAAUGAAUAUUGAAGAGCCUGCACGCAAGGCCAUUGCUCAGGAACUGAAAAUUAAUCAGUCAUCACAAUGCCCGUAUGUUGUCAUGUCCUACCAGUCUUUUUACGAUAACGGUGCCAUUUCAAUUAUCUUAGAGUACAUGGAUGGUGGAUCUCUAGCAGAUUUUCUGAAAAGCGUUAAAACAAUUCCAGAACCAUAUCUUGCUGCCAUCUGUAAGCAGGUGCUCAAGGGUUUGCUGUAUCUUCAUCAUGAAAAACACAUUAUCCACAGGGAUUUAAAACCUUCUAAUUUGUUGGUAAAUCAUAGAGGAGAAGUCAAGAUUACUGACUUUGGAGUGAGUGCAAUCAUGCAGAGCACGUCUGGACAGGCUAAUAGUUUUGUUGGCACAUACAACUAUAUGUCUCCUGAGAGAAUUAGUGGGGGGAAAUAUGGCUAUAAAAGUGACAUUUGGAGCUUGGGGUUGGUAUUGCUGGAGUGUGCAACAGGCCAAUUCCCAUUUUCCCCUCCAGAGCUAGAUGAAGGCUGGACUAAUGUCUACGAACUCAUGGAAGCUAUUGUUGAUCAUCCUCCUCCUUCUGCAUCAUCAGACCAUUUUUCUCCAGAGUUUUGUUCAUUUAUAUCAGCAUGUGUGCAGAAAGAUCCAAAGGAUAGACAGGCAGCACAUGAACUGAUGGCACACCCAUUCAUGAACUUGUAUGAGGACCUGCAUGUGGAUCUCGCGACAUACUUUACAAAUGCCGGCUCUCCUCUUGCAACCCUUAAAACUUGUGAUACUAUAUCAGACUCUUGAGAGUUAUGGGAAGUUAUCUAUUGAAAUUUUGAAGGCCUGAAGAAAGAUUCUUAACUGUCAUUGUGGCUUGAAAUAAAUCAACUUGCUGAAAUUACAGUGACCAGGGCUGAGGUUUUCAAACCAUUAGCAAUUCACAAAAAGUGAAUAUUUACCGUAUUACCUCACACCGAUCCAUGGAAUAGAGAGCGUAUGGUUUCGAGGCUUUUGAUUUGUGAUGGAUGUCCAGGAAAAUAGUUUUCUGUAUAACUUACCGAAAUAAAGUGAUUUUAUUGUUUGUCUGGUGUUGCAAAUGCAUCAAACUCCUGUUUGAAAGGUGUCAAUAUAUGACGUUGUGUGAAACUUUGACCUUUCAAACUCUUGAGGAACUUCAGAGUCCUCUUACGAUCUGAUGUCUCUUUUGGGUGGCCACGAGGUGGUUUUUCCCUGACUGAUUCCCAAUUGGAGAAUAGUAAGAAUUUGCGGAUCAAGAAAAGGUCAAUAAACAAGUGUGUUUUCUAA